GUCUUGUCCAUUCUUCGAUUCUCUCUCAGAUUAAUCAAUAUUCAUCGAUCAUAUCUACAAUAAAAUUCAGGCGCCAAGUUGAUUGGAUCCGUACAGUUAGCUUAAAAAGAGAUGGAGAAUGGGGGAGCGGAGAAGAGCAAUGGGCAGGCGGCUGCAGCAGCGUCGUACACUUAUUGGGUUCGAGAAACGACGGCGGACGCCGCUCCCCUCCCUCUUCCCAAGAAACUCACCGCUCAAGACUUGCUUUCGAAUCAAUCUCAGCCUGCGACUCUUGGUUCUGCUUGGAAUAAGGCUGGAACUUGGGAGGAGAAAAACCUUAAUAACUGGGCUACACAAAGAUUAAAGGAAUUGCUUAAAUCAAUGGGCACAUUGGACUUGUCUCGCGGAAAGGCGGAAAUUUCUGAUGUAACCAAGUGUGUUGGUGAUGCAUUUUUGGUGACUGUACGAAACAAGAAGCGAGUAGGCUAUACAUAUGAGUUGACAUUGAAAGUUGAUGGCGAGUGGCAUAUACAAGAGGAGAAAAAAUCUGUUAAGGGCCAUAUUGAUAUCCUGGAAUUCUCAUUUGGCGAGCUCGAUGACUUGCAGAUGGAAGUGAAGCUAAGUGAAGAGAAGGAUUUCGUGCAGCAAGAUGAGCUGCAAAUUAUCCAGGACUUGAAGAAACUAUUUCUGCUGCCCGUCCGGGAGAAAUUGCUUAAAUUUGAGCAGGAACUCAAAGAUAGGUAGCAAGAUUCGUCUUUCGUUUCAUUUAAACUUUGGUUUUUGAUGAAAUUCAUUACUAGACUGGAACUGUAUUCUAUAUGUCCUGUAAGCCACUACUUUUAAUGGAACUUUAAGUAGUGGGAGAUAAGAUUGUUAAGGAGGCAAAGGGUUCCACAGAUAUAUGCUUAAAUGUGAACUACUAUUGUUGAGACAGUGCUUGAUUGCCUGCCUGCAAUUGUAACACUUAAAUUCAAUCUUCCAUUAGGGG